AUGAAAUUCAGUCGCCGUAAUCACCAUGUGUGGCUGAUUAGCUACUACGUUGCUACUUCACUUACUAGUGGCUAUAUGGUGACCAAUUGGCAACCAUUGGUUAUGUAG